UAUAGACUCAGCCUUAACCUAUCAGAAUUCAGUCGGAUUAGGUUAGGAAAUUUCACGUGCCGCAUGCCGAAUUCUACAAAUGAGACGCCUACUCAGCUUACUCGGUUAUUAAUGUUACUUACAAUUAGCACUGAUUUAAGCUGUUAGAAAUGAAAAGAUACUUAUUAUACAUGAAUUACAUCGGCACGCGCUUCAGAGGAAUGCAAAGACAAAAGUCUUUACGCACAAUUCAAGGCACUAUUGAAGAAGCAUUGGCCAAUUCCAUUGAACCCCGAAGUCUAUCUGAACCGCUUUUUCAGGCUUCCAGCAGAACAGAUAGCGGCGUUCAUGCUCUAUCUACAACAGCCCACAUCGACUUGAUUCAUCCAGAAAACGAGUCCUACAAUCCGCUGUAUAUUCAGCAAACACUGAACAAGACUUUUGCUAAAAAUGAUGAUGAGAUCAGAAUCACUUCCUGUUACCAAGUCAGCACAGACUUUCAUGCCAGACACUCGGCCAGGAAUCGAUCAUAUUUGUAUCGUCUCAUGGUCCCUAAGAAACAAUGCUAUCAGGCUUUGCCUAUCAGUGAGAUGUAUCGAAGCUUUGCACUUCUUGGCAAGAAUGUUUCCUUCGAUGUGGAACGAGUAAAAAGCGGAAUUCAGCUUUUCGUCGGACCAAAAGAUUUCCAAACAUUUGCUGGAAAAAUAAUGAACAAGUAUCAAAAUAAUCCGAUCGUUUAUGUCCGGAAACUUGAUUACUUCACUGUGGAGAAGGGUCAGCCUUUAAUAAUUGAUGAUCCCCUUUCUGCACAGUUCGAUUACUGGGAUUUCAGGUGUGGGGCUAAAUCAUUUCUUUAUAAUCAGAUCCGUCGAAUGGUGGGAACCCUAAUCUCAUUAGGACAAGGAAUAAUUACAGAAAAAGAUAUUCGGUGUAUGCUACAAGUUCCCUCACGUCGCAACUGGGACUCACGUGUGAAAGUGUUGCCACCGUAUGCUCUCUAUUUAUGCCAGGUGGGUUACGACCCCUUGGACUUAAAAAAGAAUAUUAUUUGUGAGGAUCAAUUAUCCAUAGCUGUCAAUUAAC